AUGGCCGUGAUUCCCCUCGGAGAUCCGUACUACGAAGACGCCUCGCUGCAAGACAUCGACCUCGCCGAUAUGACUCCAGAACAACUGGCGCUCGUGCACACGGACGCUCCACACCGCGGCAACAAGUUCAUUUUCCUCUUCAUGCUCGCCAAUUUGGGCGCUGUGAUUGCCUAUGGUCCGACAUACGGCAUCUUCAUUGAGCUCUCACAACGCGAGCCUGAACACAUCCGUGGUCGUCUCCAGACGAACGUCUUCAUGGUGCGCAACGCUCUGGCGAUCGUGACUGCUUUCUUGACCGGCUUGUGCCUGAACAGCACUGAGUACGGUGGCACUUUUUCCUGGACGAUCGGGUUUAACGGCAUCAUGUGGAUCUGCACCGCUGCGACGGUCAUCACCAUCCCCUUCUGCUGGUUCUGCGUCACCGAAGAGAAGGUGGAGCAGGCCAAGUCCAUCGGCACCUUCUACAGUACAAGGAGAUCUUCGAGACGAUCCAAAAGGAGCCGUUUUAUCGCCUCUUCAUCUUCCGCUACUUCACCAAGAUCUUCGCUGCAGUGUCGGUCACAGCAUCCAGCAACAUCCAGUCCAUUUACGCGGGCGUCACACCACUCAACGAUGGCAUUGCGGCUUGUAUCAGUCAAGUCUUGA